UGGCCGGUGCCCGGUGGGCCCAGUGCCCUCACUCUCGCGUCACUGGAUUUCAUUUCGUUGAUGAUUGCCGGUGACGGUAGAUUUCAGUGAUUUCAUAACCUAAAUAGUGGUCAACUUUAACGAUCAAUAUCUCGGUUCGCGGAAUAGAGCUUUUUUUUCUGCCAGAUUCUUUCGUUUUGUGCAAAAAAAGCACAUCGAUUGAGCAUAAUUUCAUUAAAAUCGGAGGUGGCGAAGCUAAAUAUUUGUUUGAAAAGGAAAGAUUGGAAGCACGUGGACUCUUGAGGGUCAAGGCUUUGAAUUCAAGGGUGAAUUAAUUGGCGCAGAGGAUAAAGAAUUUUGCCAGUAUUCUUCUGCUUAAGAAAUGGCGAAGUAUUUAGAGUCCCUAAUGGACGGUCUCAAGAUUAGUGAUUUAAUAAAGGAAGGUGGAAUUACUUUUGAUCUUGGAGAUGGGGAUGAGAUUAACAAUGAGGAUGACGAGGAAUUCGCGUAUUCUCCGAAUGUACAGUUCAGCAAUGAGGAGAUGUUAAAUAUGUUAAACAUGAACGACUUUGAGGACGAGGACGAGGAUAAUGAGAAUGGACCUGUGUCCCUCUGUGGCAUAAGUUUCUCAAAACUGAAAAAGCAAAUGACAAACUUAACCGCAGAUCAAAAGGUCAUGAAGUUUGUUAAGCAGAAAGGCGUUGGGGAAGUUAUACCAAAGAAUGCCCAAGUCACUGUCCAUUAUGUUGGAUAUUUUGAGUACAGAGACGAGCCUUUCGAUUCCACUUACUCCAGCGGGAGACCAAGAACGUUGCGUUUAGGCCAGCACUUUGUCAUACCCGGUUUAGAGAUUGGUUUAUGCUCUAUGCAAAAGCACGAAAUAGCAGUAUUUCUCAUGCAUCCUGAUUACGCUUACAAGGCUAAGGGUUGUCCACCACGUGUUCCACCCAAUGAAGAAGUGGUAUUUGUUGUUCAUUUGAUCGAUUAUGUUGACGACGGCUGCGCACAAACGUAUCAAAAUCUCAACGAAGAGGAGAAACGAUUAUUUAGCUGCGUGAAACCAUCUAUAAUGCAUAUGUUUGCAACUGCCAAAGACUAUUGCAAUAAAUACAACUACAAACUGGCGAUACGAGAAUACAAAAAAAUUACUGAUCGUUUGGAGGCAGUCAAAAAUGCCUCAAUGACGGAGUUACAGAAAGCUCUUGUGUUAGAUCCGCGAAAUGAAGCCAUUAGAAAAGCUAUUCAGACAACGAAUGUAAAACAGCGUGAGUAUCUGGAGGUAGAGAAACGUUUGUGGAAAAAUUGCUUCAAGUCCAAGGAAGAACAAAACAAAAUUACUGAAUUUCGAAAAGCCGCGCGUGAAUUGUGUAACAAGCUCAUCGAGAGCAAUGAUAUGACAAGACAGUCUCUCUACGAGGGUUUUACAGAAGAAGAAUAUGAAAUUAUACAUGAAGAAGCUGCCAAAUUAGGAUUGGAUUUUCUUAAGUCUAGCAGAUAUGGCAAAAAAACUGCGUAUAUUCAAAAGAACAAAUCAUGAAAUUACUUAUCCUUUAAAAUUGCGAUGUCAAGGAAGCCUAGUAUAGGGCCUGAUUUUUAUUUUUAAAAUUCUUUAAGUUUAUAAUCAUUUAUUACAAUAUUAUACAAACAAAAUUACUUUGAGUUCAAGAGAUUCCAUAUAUGGUAUGUACUAUUAUAUUGUAAUGACAAGACCAAAGAGGAUCAUAGAGAUUAAAAUAGCAUUAAGAUCUGACAUAAAUAUGUGUGUGAUAUAAACGUGAUUUUGUACUUUUUUAAACACAACAAUAAACUUAUAAUUUGACAAAAA